CCUCUGCUCCUCUUCGCCUUCCCUCAAGAGUCCCUUCGGUUAUCUGUUGCUGUCUCUGAAGACGAGGUUCCACCUGAGCAGCAGCAAUGUGAGCAGGAGUGGAGAACCAGUCUGCAGCAGGAUGACCUAGAACCCAAACAGAUUAAAGAGGAACAGGAGGAACUCUGGACCUGUCAGGAGGAAGAGCAGCUUCAAGGGCAGGAGGCUGACAUCAUAGUUUUCAAAUUCCCUCCUCUUUGUGUGAAAAGUAAAUGUGAUCAGGAAAACCCACUUCAGUCCUUUACUCUUCCCCAAACCCAGACGGUGGAGAACAGAGAGAGUGCCUCUAAACCAGUGGAUCUCCCACAUUUUGUCACUUUUACCCACCUAAAGGGUCUCGACAUUCCCUGUGACCCCCCAGAUAAUCAAAACGAUUCCUACAGCCACAGCUCAGCUGUAAGCAGUGACCCAGUAGGACUUAGGCUGCUGUCACCAUUCCAUCCCAGCCCACCAUUGAAUCCCAACCUAUCAAUGGGGGAACACUGUUGCAAACCCAGCACCGUGUCUAUAAAAACUCUCCGCUGCUGUGACUGUGGUGAAACGUUUGCUCUGAAAACUGACCUUCAGGAGCAUGAGACUCUCGCUAAGAAGAUACCCAGCGAAUGCCACCUCUGCCAAAAACUCUACAACUCCACCUGUAAAUUGAAGGCCCAUAUCAGACUCUGUCACGUGGAGAAACCCUCCACCUGCCCCUUUUGUGGAAAGACCUUCAAACUCAAAGGACAUCUGUCCAGGCACAUGAGGAUUCACACAGGCGAGAAACCAUUUAGCUGUGGUGACUGUGGGAAAAGCUUCAUUCAGAAGGGGGACCUAAGGAGGCACAUACUGACUCACACAGGAGAGAAACCAUUUAGCUGUGGUGACUGUGGGAAAAGCUUUAAUCGGAAGGGAAACCUGAACUUGCACUUUCUGACUCACACAGGAACGAAUGUCCACAAAGAAAGAAACAAAUAAAGAAAACAGAAUGAAAACAAAGGAAAUGAAUUAGGACAAAGACAUCUUGUUAGAAGAUGGACAACACUUUGGAAAAGCAAAGCAACUCUGGAUCAUUCAUUCUCUGGGUUUCAGGUAAAUAGAUGGCAUGAAUUUACUAUUGUAAAACUUUCUAUGAACAAUAAAGUUUGAUUUGAUCGAACAGUACAGAGUAGUUCAACUCACAGGUCUGCUGUUAAGUCUCUUGGUGUUUUCAUGUCAUUAUUAAGCGGAAUUCCUGCUAGUUUGUUUUGGAAUGUCUCCAGAAUAGUCUGACAGAUGCUAUUGAUACAUUAAAAUGAAUACUUCCAGAAAAUGUGUCCUUGCCAUAUGUCCAAUAUUAUUUUCGAUACAUUUUGUAUUAUUUCUCUUCAUUUAUGAUAUUGAUUUAAUUGUGUGUGUGCGAAUAUAUAUAUAUAUACUGUUAAUGUUGAUACAUAUGGUAGGCAAUUACAAACAGAUCUAUGGUCAGGGGAGAGUAAGCUGAUCCUAGACCUGUAUGUCUACAGUCAUGUCUGGACCUUUAUGGCCCCGGAGUGUGGACAUACCCUACUUUCUUGUCUGUUCCCGUUGAAUCACUACAUCACCAAACACAGCACACGUCUGCAGCACGUUUUAUGAUGAUUCCAUCUCUCUUUUCAUAUUUGUGCAAAUCUUUCUAAAAACAGAAAAUGGACACAAUUCAAUGGAUAUGAAUCAACAAAGAUAUGUCAGUUGGUAUUGGAAUGUUAUGCAGAUCCCAUUUACCAUCUUCCGUCCUUACCUCGUCGACAAAUAUACCAUAGGCCUCUACAUUAUGGACAAGGUAUAUGUAUGAAAACCAUUAACAAAACAGUUUUUUUUUCACUCACAUUCACCACUAAAACAGGUAUGAAUACUGUCGGGUGCAUGUUUUGUUAAUCUGUAAAAAUGACUAUUUUUCACCCUCCCUACACCUCUGAUAAAUAUAACAGGAAACCUGUUUGAGCACUAUGCACUGCAAAAUCAUUUUGGCUAUGGAUACAGAGAACAUCAACACAUUAACAGGCCAGAGGAUUUCCCCAUUGGACUUGGGGUUCUGCUGGGAGUUUACCUCAGAUUUCGAUAUUUUUUUAUUCUGCUUUGCCACCGAAAUCAUAAAACACACUGAGAACAAAAAA